UUUCAAUUCAGAACAAUGUAAAUACUCCUUUGAAGAGUAUUACUAGUUUCCAAACUCAUUCUAUUCUCAUUUUGAGGGUAGAGGAAGUUCCAAACUCUUUUCUUGCUAAAUGUUUUGCAAAUUUCAAGCUCAUAAAAGUAAUAGAUUUUGAAGUUGCUCAUAUUGAUUAUAUUCCUAAAGAAGUGGGAAACCUAUUCUAUUUGAGAUAUUUAAGUCUAAGAGAUACAAAAGUGCAUAUGCUUCCUAAGUCCAUUGGUAAACUACACAACCUAGAGACUUUGGAUUUGAAACGUUCCCUUGUGUCUGAGCUACCGACAGAGAUCAGCGGGCUUCAUAAGCUACGAUACCUUGUGGCAUACACUGAAAAUUAUGAUACAGAAUUUGCCAUUGAUUUUUGACGACCGGUAAAGAUACACAAUGGCAUUGGGUGUUUACAAUUCUUACAGAAGCUUUGUAAGAUUGAACCUAACAGCGCUGCCCUUAUUGAAGAAUUGGGAAGUUUGGUACAAUUGAGGAAGUUGCAAAUCUCUAAAUUGAAGAGAUAAAAUGGGAUGGCUUUGUGCACAGCACUAGAGAAAAUGAGCCUCCUUCGUUCGUUGAGAAUCAAUGCAGUAAGUGAGGAAGAAGUUUUGGAAUUGCAAUCAAUGUCUUCUCCUCUGCCCCUCCUACAAUCUCUCUACCUAUCUGGGAGACUAGAAAAGUUGCCAAAAUGGAUUUCCAAACUCAAGAGUAUAGUUAGAAUUGGUUUACAUUGGUCUGGAUUAAUGGAUGAUCGGUUAAACGUCCUUCAAGCUCUGCCCAAUUUGUUGGAACUUGGGUUUUACGAUGUAUAUGGAGGUGAGCAAUUACAUAUUGAGGGAGGAGGCUUCCAGAAACUCAAGAUUCUAGAGCUUGAAAAUUUUGAAAGAUUGAAUAGGUUGAUAAUAGAUGAAGGUGCCCUGCCUCUUCUUGAGAAUCUUGAAAUUGGAUCCUCCCCACAGUUAAAGGAGGUGCCUUCUGGCAUCCCCCAUCUGAAAAACCUCAAAAAUAUUGAAUUCUAUGACAUGCCAACUGAAUUUGUUCUUAGUCUGCAACCAGAUGAAGGCCAUAAUUUUGGUAAAGUCAAGCAUGUUGCCUCUGUUCGUUUUUGGUAUAGGAUUCAAGGGGAACACUACAACAUCUACAAGCUCAGUGAGUCAGAGUUGCUGGAGCAUUUGCGAAGGUAGUUCAAGAGGUGGAGAACCAAAGUGCCCUCACCACUUUUGAGAAAUUAUAGGCUUCAAAUGCCAACGUCUCAAGGUUUUCAAGUGCUAGAUCAAACAGGACACUGCUCUGUUCUCAAUCAAGGUCCAGAACAUCAGUGGUUGAUUCAACCCAGCAUCGCAGCCUUUGUCAUUGUAUUGCUGUAAAUGUGUUAUCUUUUCUGUAUCAAGCAUAUGAACCUCUUGAACUCAUGCUAUGUAAAAGAGUCAUGUUUAAGUUAUUUUGUAUUUAUUGCCUUUAGAGAAGUUUAAAUAUCUGAAGUAUUUCAU